AUGACUGUGGUGGUGCUGAUAUCUCUUAUCCUCCUCUCUCUGGGGUUCGCAGGUCAGUUAGAACUUAACCUUUUAGUUUUUAUCUUUAUUGUUGUGUGUUAAAGAUUAAGUUGAUCUAAUUCUGUCUGUCUUUAUGGUUUAGCGGUUAGUCUGGGUGAUGUUGGGUAAAACUAAGAUUACUGCACAAUAUUUUAUGUUUGAAUAUGCAUAUCAAAAUCAAAUAAAUCAUCAUUGGUCCUCUGUAGCUCAAUUGGUAGAGCAUGGCGCUUGUAACGCCAGGGUAGUGGGUUCGAUCCCCGGGACCACCCAUACGUAAAAAUGUAUGCACACAUGACUGUAAGUCGCUUUGGAUAAAAGCGUCUGCUAAAUGGCAUAUUAUUAAAUCUUUCAAAAAAACAGCACACAAAUGCUCUUAUUUUCGCUCACAGGGAUCCAUUAAACACUGUAGAGAAAACCAGAACCCAAGUGUGAACGUCUUUAUUUCAUCGUUUUCAGCUAGCCUACAUCUCAAAGAAAUUGUCAACAAAAUAUUUGAAAUAACCAUUUGAUGUCAUAGACUUGUUUCCAUUGAAACUACAGUUGUUGAUCUCUCCUCCAACGCCUGACCUAGAUAGAAGAGAUGUGAGGUGCUUUGUGAGAUUAGUCUUACUGACACCCCUCUCAAUCAUCAUCAAUGCAAAACGAUCUCAAGUUCGUUUCGCCAUAUCAUAUAUUCUGGGUUGUAAUAAAUAUGUUUUAAUAACAUUCAUACUUAUGUAAUGUUUAGUAUGUAUGACCUGACGAAGAUCCAACUCGGAAUGAAACGUUGUCCUUGUUGUGCAUCUGAUUAAAUCCCCAUGGAAGCAUACCAGAGUUGCGGACAUUUAUUUUUUCUUUGAUACGUUCUUCUGUCCUACACCUGAUUGGAUGUGCAUAUGUUUCUAUUUGUUCUAUUAUUUAGAAUGUAGGCCUACAGUAUUUUUUUUACAAUUGUAAUUAUUUUAGUUAUUUAAGUAGAACUUAUCCUGUUGUGCUUAAUGGUUAUUUGACACUAACAGUAAUCUCCAGCGGUAGCUGAUGGUAAAUGUACAUUUCACUGUAUGUUUAGGUGCUGACGAGGAGUGUGUGUACGCUGCUGUCGGGAAGACCAAGGUGAUUGACCAUGACUACCCGGGCCUGGAGUUGCUUGAACAGUCAUUCCACUUACGGUGGACCCAUGACUCUAAGAUCGUUUACGACAACAAGAAGGAUACUGGGCAGAAAUACCAGACCACAAAGAAUGGUUCUCUGUUACUGGAGAACCUACAGCUGGAUAAUACUGGGACGUAUCAGGCUACCAUCUACGACAACCUGGGAAAAAACAUGAAGUCUACCGUAACUCGGCUGUGUGUUUUCGGUAAGUACAGAACACACAAACAGUAUAGAAAACACACAUACAGUGUGCACGCACACACACACACACAUACUCAACUCACUCACUCAGUGUUAGGGAAAAUACAUGCACUUUACAGUGUGUGUGUUUUGUGUUCUCAGCGCCUGUGUCUAAACCCCAUCUGACACACAACUGUAAUGGAACAUCUGUCAUGCUGCGGUGUGACGUGGGGAACCCUGUGGUUUUGAACGUAGUGUGGCAACAUAAUGGAAACAUACUGCCAGGACAGACGCUACUCUGACCGUAACCAAGGCAACACUCAAACCUGAAGAUCGUUAUGCAUGUACAGCGAGUAUUAAAGCCAGUGAGGAGAAGAGUGACGAUGUUUACCCUGAAUGUACAGGUGUGUGGAACAUACUACGUUUAAAUAACCUGUUUACACAAGUGUGUGUGUGUGAAACACGCACGCACACACACACUCACACACUCACAGCCAGUGUUAGUGCAGAUACUGUAUGUGCUCUUUACGUGUGUGUGUUUUGUGUUCCCAGUGGCUGUGUCUAAACCACACCUGUAAUGGAACAUCUGUCAUGCUGAGGUGUGACGGGGGAAACCCUGUGAAUGUGAACAUGACGUGGAGUCGUAACGGAAACAAACUGCCAGGACAGACUAACUGUAAGUCGCUCUGGAUAAGAGCGUCUGCAUAAUGACAAAAAAUGUUUAAAAAAUGACAGACAGAUGCAACUUUGACCGUAACCAAGGCAACACUCAAACCUGAAGACCGUUAUGCAUGUACAGCGAGUAUUAAAGCCAGUGAGGAGAAGAGUGACGAUGUUUACCCUGAAUGUACAGGUGUGUGGAACAUACUACGUUUAAUGAACAUAUCUGAUGAUGAUGAUGGUGAUGAUGAUUAUAAUGAUGAUGAUGAUUCCUCUGCAGUGCUCUUGUUUGGGAUGGAGCUAUGGCAGAUGGUGUUGAUUCUGUCUGGCGGAGGUGGUCCGCUCCUCAUCAUCACCAUCAUCACCUUGGUGUGGGUCUGCAGGAGUCGCCUAGAAGGUACUGAACACACAUGACCAAAACCACACACGUUAUCUACAUUAUGAUGAAACAGUACUAUGAUAAAACACACACGUUAUCUACAUUAUGAUGAAACAGUACUAUGAUAAAACACACACGUUAUCUACAUUAUGAUGAAACAGUACUAUGAUAAAACACACACGUUAUCUACAUUAUGAUGAAACAGUACUAUGAUAAAACACACACGUUAUCUACAUUAUGAUGAAACAGUACUAUGAUAAAACACACACGUUAUCUACAUUAUGAUGAAACAGUACUAUGAUAAAACACACACGUUAUCUACAUUAUGAUGAAACAGUACUAUGAUAAAACACACGUUAUCUACAUUAUGAUGAAACUAUGAUAAAACACAAGGCUACUCACAAUAUACCAACAUUUAACUCCAUUACCCAUGAAUCCUUGCCCCUGAUUUACCCAGAUGUCUUCUCUUCUCUCAUGUCCCCCUGUAGAGGAGGAGGAGAUGAGACUGGCCCCCCUCACCCAGCCCACACGCCAAGCAUCCCUCCACCACCAACAAAGGGCCCAAAGCCGACCCCGGCCCCAGAACAGAGCUGCGUCUCAGGCCACACCAAACUCCGGACCUCAGGUUUGACCCAGGCCUCCACAGCAAGCACCAGAUGAUGCUCAGAUUCAGCUCAUACCAAUGCCCAGGUGACAGGACCAUGAAACCACAGGAAUUAGACAUGUGUGUUUGUGUGCAAGCAUGUGUGAAUUCUUCUUAACCCUAACUACCCCUGUAGUCACAAAAGUGGUAUCUGUCAGAUCUAUAUUCUUUGCUCAUAAAGUAACACUAACCUGACUUUACUAGUACUACAUCAGAAGUCGCUAUCAUGACAUUUGACAUCUAUAGCAUCAUAAUCAGGGAGCUAUAUUUGUAGAUAUUUUUCAGAUGAGAUGAAGAGGUAUACAUAUCUUUGAUAUUUUGAAACAUAUAGUGCUUGUUCAUCUGAUGUGUUCCUAUAGGUAAUGUAGUUAAUACAUAUAUUGUGUGUUAUAGUCUGUGUAUUGUGUAGCUAUGUGGUUUGUCCUGUAUGGUUGUGCCUGGGGUCCUCCUGUUCUAACUGAAUGUUCAGUAAACUGGCCACUGAGGCUCAGCCUGUCUCUUAGAAACACACCACAUCCUGCCCCUCCAGCGCACUCAACAGGCUGAGUUAUCAUGGGUGUAUAGAUCUCUAUACCACACAUGCAAGACAAAUAAUCUGCAUGCUCUGCAGUGCAGAGAGAUACAUAAGUGUGUGUGUGUGUGUGUGUGUGUGUGUGUGUGUUUGAGAGAGACUGUUAAGUUGCGUAAUUCGAAUCUGGUAUCAGAACAGAAUUUAACACUAAGUCACUGAAUAUAUUCUCAGCUUUUUUAUUAAUAUAAUUAGUCAAGCGAAUAAAUGGUAAAUGCAAUCUUCGUAUAUACGGGUUCACUGUAACACCUCGCAGGGCAAAACAAAGAACUAACUGUCCCAACCCAAAGUUCUUAUUUUGAUACUCUGACAGAGAUAGUUCCUGCUCCAGGCAGGCCUAUCAGAGUAGAGGCUGAGCGUGGUUUAGACUUACUCAACCUAUCGUUGCCGCUCAGGCUGGUCCCAGCCUCUUGGCGCUUCACUGUUGCCGGGCAUUAGUUUUUUUUUUUUACUUGUCUCGAGAGUCAGCAACCCUCAGACAUAGUUUCCUCUUCUUCAUUGUUGCAGUACACAUGUCCUUGAGCGGUUUAACAAAGAGGCAGUGUGUGUGUGUGUGUGUCACAAGUCUAUCUCAGCCUCCUCCCUAACGGUUCCUCACAUUAGUCACAGCUUGUUAUGUUAAACAAUCUAUAUCAGUACAGCACAAACCUAUUAUGUUUAAUCAUUAAUGUAUUAUUUUUAAGCUAGGCAUCACAUCUAAUUAUAAGAAAAUAGAUCCCAACAAGAGACAGAGACACAGACACAGAGACAGACACAGAGACAGAGACAGAGACAGAGACAGACACAGAGACAGACACAGAGACAGAGACAGAGACAGAGACAGAGACAGAGACAGAGACAGACACAGAGACAGAGACAGAGACAGACACAGAGACAGAGACAGACACAGAGACAGACACAGACACAGAGACAGACACAGAGACAGACACAGAGACAGACACAGAGACAGACACAGAGACAGAGACAGACACAGAGACAGACACAGAGACAGACACAGACACAGAGACAGACACAGACACAGAGACAGACACAGAGACAGACACAGAGACAGACACAGAGACAGACACAGAGACAGACACAGAGACAGACACAGAGACAGACACAGAGACAGACACAGACACAGACACAGACACAGACACAGAAAGAAAGAAAAGUGCAUAG